UUCGCUAGUCUCCUGCAGCAGGUGUCCCGUGUUCUGUUCCUGUUCCUAGUCCAGCUCCUCAGGCAAAUGGCUCGCUAUAUGUACAUCGUUGCCCUAAUGCUCCUGGCCAUCUCCUCGCGAUGUGGAUUCACUGGAGCCAUGGCCAUGCCGGAUGAGGAGCGUUAUGUGCGAAAGGAGUACAACCGCGAUUUGCUGGACUGGUUCAACAAUAUGGGACAAUUCACUCCUGGCCAGGUGGCCACUCUCUGCCGGUAUCCCUUGAUCCUGGAGAACUCUUUGGGCCCACCCAUGCCCAUCAGAAAACGGAACUCGGAGCUUAUUAAUUCGCUUCUCAGCUUGCCUAAGAACAUGAACGAUGCCGGAAAGUAAAUUGGGAUAAAAUACGGAUUUGUUGACGGAAAAGAGCGCCUGCACUUUUGAACCACGGAACUUGGACAAGAACCUAUUAUUUAAUGUUAUACUUUUUGAUUUUUGGUGCGCCGAAGGAGAGUGAAAGUCCGCAUGAUCGAGAUAGGGUAGUUAUCAAAAAGAGAGGAAAGACCGUAUGAAUUUCGUUGCUUUAAAAAAUAAAUAUAUAGAAAAUUAUACAACUAGCAAAUCUAAGAAAAUGCGUAUCUUAUUAGCUAUAUUGCGAGAUUAGACGUUCCUGGAAUGUUUUCUAACUUAAUAUGCGAUUUUCAUUCUAUACGUUUUAGCCCGGCUAAUCUUUAAUCUAUCUUAUUUAUAGACACCUUAAUGGUAUUAAAUAUAGUUUAUUAAAUUGGUCAAAGAGCUGUAAAGAUCUAACCAAUAUUAACCAAAGGUGUUCGCCGAGUAGAAUAUGUUCAUUACAAAUAUUAAAAUAAAAAUAUAAUUUUAA